AUGUCUCAUCCCCGCCGAAGAGUGCGAUUCUCGGAUGACCCCCAACUGCAAAUAGACGCCGAAGCACAGCCUUCGCCAGUGACUGCACAAAUACCCUCAGCUCCCUCAGCUCCUCCGGCUACUUCAACUUCCCAAUGCGACCUCGCUACGGGAUUCAAUGAUAUCUACGAGGGAUUGAAACCGCGGCAGGUCGCCGUUAUCACGGUGGGAACUGCCAUCGGAACGGGCCUGAUGAUUGGAACGGGAAGAGCGUUGUCAAUGAGCGGCCCGGCGGCCAUCACGAUUUCGUAUACCGUCGUCGGAUUCGCUGUCUACUUGGUACUUUCUGCGCUGGGCGAGGUUGUCGCUUGGUUGCCUAGGCCUUGUACUGUUGCGGACCAGGCUGUGCGGUUCUGUGAUCCGGCGCUGGGGUUCAGCUUGGGCUGGAUAUAUUGGCUUAAAUAUGCCCUCGUUACACCAAGUCAAUUGACGGCCGCGGCUUUGUUGAUUUCAUACUGGUUGGACCCUGAGCGAGUCAAUCCUGGUGUUUGGAUAACAGUCUUCCUUUUGACGAUUACCGUGCUGAACUACCUCCAUCAUGGACUCGCGAGUCAAGUUGAGUUCUAUGUGUCGUCAUUCAAGCUCUUGGUCAUGUUCGCACUCAUGAUUCUCUCGCUCGUCAUCGCUCUUGGGGGAGGUCCAGAUCGAGACAUGCGCGGGUUUCGAUAUUGGAAGGAUCCGGGUGCCUUUGCGAGUCGAUACAAUAACAGCCUCGUUGAGAAUCUCAUCUUGACUUGCGGGACAAUGUCCUCGGCCGCUUUUGUGUACAUUGGGAGCGAACGGGCCGGCAUCCUGCCACAGUCUCUGAAUAUGCGGAAAGCGAUCUCUCGUUCCACCAAGCACAUUUUCUACCGGACUCUGGUCAUUCAUCUGCUUGCGGUCAUCUUGCUUGGGAUGCUCGUCCCCCACGACUCGGCCUCUUUAUCUUUCCACUACAAGGCUACCAAGAGUGCAGCAGCAUCGCCGUUUGUGGCGGCACUUUACUUGGCCGGCAUUCCCGUACUCCCGGAUGUUCUGAACGCAUUCAUAUUGCUGUUUGUUCUGUCCAUUGCGAACUACGAUCUCUGGCUAGCUACCAAAGCCAUGUGUGAUCUAGCUGCCAAGCGCCGGGCGCCCGUAUUCCUAUCACGGCUUAACAAAAGAGGCGUUCCUAUCUAUGCAUUGGCAGUGUGCUCUUCUGUGGCGACCCUUGCCUACCUCAAUGUGCCUCAGGAUGCGGCCCUCAUGUUCAGAUACUUCACGGAUACCGUCACGAUGCUCGGUCUGCUCACGUGGAUGUCAAUACUGUUUACCCAUAUAUCGUUUGUUCGAGCACGAAGGGCACAAGGUAUUGAAGAUCAUACCCUUCUCUACCAAGCCCGCUUUGGCCUCCCAGGAACCUGGCUGGCCAUAGCCCUGUGUCUGUUUAUUUCCGCGACCAUGAUCUUCGGGUCCUUUCCCUUUGAUUCGGGGCAGAUAAAAUUCGACUAUCAGUCUUUUGUGGCCUGUUAUAUCGGAAUCCCCAUUUACCUUUUCUUGUACAUUGGCUACAAGGUAGUUAGGAAGAGCAAACGAGUCGUCCCGGCUGAGGCGGACCUGUGGACAGACAAACAAGAAACUUCACUCGAGUUGCCGGGGGCCCGACAGGAAUAA